AUGAAGCUCUCCGACGGUCUCAUCGGCGCCUGCGCUCCCGUCGCAGUCUCCGGCCUGAACAUGACCCUCUACCGCAAUGAGCCGUUAGCACCGUACCCUCUCCCCCCGUCGCAUGCCGACUCGGACGGCAGCGAGAUUGUGGAGCUGUUCCAGAACCUCGGCCGCUCUACCGUCUGGAAGAGCGUUGCCAACGUCACGUUCGAGGGCGACACGUACGAGCCCGAGGGCAUGGUGCGUCUAGGAGACGACCGCUACGUCGUCAGCUGCGGCGAGUACACGGAGGCGACGAGGAAGUACCCGGAGGGCGUGGUCGACGGCACGGACCGCACCGCCGGCCAAGGGUUCGGUCACCUCGUCGUCUUCGACGGGGAGGGCCGGCGCAUCGCCGACGCCACCCUGACGGCUCCAGGGAGUAGCGAGUAUCACAACGGCGGCAUCGAUUUCGACGGCACGUCGAUCUGGGGAACCCUGGCCCAGUACCGCCCCAACACGACGGGUUACGUCUACCACGCCGACCCGCUCACCCUGGAGCCCACGCGCGUCCUCGACUACGACGAUCACCUCGGCGGCAUCGUCCACGACACGCACGCCAAUUCCAUCACGUGCCUCAAUUGGGGUGCGCGCAAUGCCUCCUCGUGGGACCUCGACCGCGUGCCGGCCAGCCACGGUGGCGGCCGGCCAAGGUCGGUCGUCCGGAACCCGUCGUACUUUAUCGAUUACCAGGACUGCAAGUGGAUGGGACACAUACGGCGGUAUGGCGGGCGCAGCGUCAUGAUGUGCUCCGGGGUUGCCACCAUCGACAGCUACUCGCUCGGCGGAAUUGCCCUCGUUGACGUUGAUACGAUGCAGCCCCUCGUCGAAGUGCCUAUUACCCUGGAGAGUGAGCUCGGCGUCCGUCUCACGAUGAACCCCGUCGAUGUGAGUGUCGAGGACGGUAAGCUGCGGCUCUACUGGCUUCCUGAUCAGCACAACAGCACUCUGUACAUAUAUGAGGCCCAGCCCGAUAGUCCGUUUGAGUUUGGGGGUGGCGAGCUGUGA